AUGGGCAAGGGUGGUGAAAACGAGGUUAGCGUUGAAGCUGCAACUGAGCUGAAUAAAAGUUUGCCGGUUAAAAAUGAAGCUUCGCCUAAAAAACCUAUGCAGGGUUUUAAUGCUAAACUUGCCUUCGCCAUAGCAGCUUCAGCCUUAGGAUCGUCCUUUCAACAUGGUUAUAAUACCGGAGUUCUCAACAAUCCCCAACCAAUUAUUGAAGGAUGGGUCCAUGGUGUCAUGGAAAACAGAACAGGCUCAGCACCCGAGCAAACUUCUGUUACCAUGGUUUUCUCCUUGAUGGUAUCAGUUUUCUGUAUUGGAGGAAUGAUUGGAGGUGCCGUUACAGGAUUCGUGGCUGAUCGAUUUGGCCGCAAGGGUGGCCUUUUGCUGAACAACGUCCUCGUGCUACUGGCGGUGGUGAGCGAGUGCAUCUCCAAGUCCGUGGGAUCGUACGAGCUGAUAAUCCUGGGCAGAUUCUUCAUCGGGAUCAACUCCGGCCUGAACGCCGGCCUGGCGCCGAUGUAUCUCGCCGAGAUAGCGCCGAUGAACUUGCGAGGCGCCGUCGGGACGGUUUACCAACUGGUCAUCACCAUUUCCAUAUUGGUCGCGCAAAUCCUUGGCCUCGAGUCGCUCCUCGGAUCGGAGAACUUGUGGCCCACCCUGCUGGCAAUGACGAUCGUGCCCGCCAUUUUCCAAGUAGUCACUUUACCGCUGUGUCCCGAGUCGCCCAAGUACCUCUUGGUCACCAAAGGUCAGGACAUGGAGGCCCAAAGGGCUCUAUCGUGGCUCAGAGGCACUCUAGCCGUAAACGAGGAGAUGGACGGUAUGAGAGCUGAAGCUGAGGCUCUUAAACUAGUUCCAAAAGUCACCGUGAGAGAGAUGAUCACCAACAGCGCUCUGAGAAUACCUCUCAUCAUAGCUCUAAUGGUGAUGUUGGCCCAGCAACUCAGCGGUAUCAACGCUGUUAUGUUCUUCUCGAGCAAAAUCUUCCAGAUGGCUGGAUUACAGCCGCCCAGUUCCACGUACGCUACUUUGGGGAUGGGGGCUAUCAACGUCCUCAUGACUCUGGUUUCCAUGGUGUUGGUGGAGAAAGCUGGAAGAAAAACUCUUCUUCUCAUCGGUUUCGGGGGAAUGACGGUCGACACCUUCCUUCUCUUCAUUGGCUUGCUCUAUGCUUCUACUUCAACAAUUGCCAGCGUUGCUUGCGUCAUCUUCGUCUUGGUUUACGUCAUCAUGUUCGCCAUUGGGCCCGGUUCCAUCCCAUGGUUUUUGGUGGGGGAAAUUUUCAACCAAGCUGCAAGACCAACGGCCACUUCGAUGGCGGUCUGCAUCAACUGGACGGCCAAUUUCUUGGUCGGUUUGGCCUUUUUACCUCUUCAGGAAUGGUUGGGCCCAUACGUGUUUGUGGUAUUCGUCAUCUUGCAAGUUCUGUUUUUGAUUUUUAUUUACAAGAAAGUACCAGAAACAAAAAACAAAUCUUUGGAGGAAAUUUCGGCAAUGUUCAGGCAGCAGUCUUACCAAUAA